AUGGCAUUUUCAAAUGAUGACGUGGAAAACAAGACAUCCGUAAUGUGGUUGGUACAACAGAUGAAAGAGCAUGAGCCGAAUUUGAGGGUGGAAAUCAGAUAUCACCGGUUGAACAGUUGUUAUGCCAUUUAUUUAACGGCGGAUUAUAAAAGCUUGCUCAAAGGCGCCGAAUUGUGUCAUAUCAAAAAGGCGAUAAAAUCGAAGUUUGGCGGUGGCAUGCGAGAUUUUUCAUUCGAAGAAGCCCAAUUUUUCGCUGGUGUUGAAGGCAAAAACACAUUUUUGUCACCGAUGGAACGAACGCUGAUUGUGAAACAAAUGGUGGAUAUGAUGAGAGCUGGAAAAGGAGGAUUGACAUUGAAACUGCCGAGACGGACCAUAAGUUUUACGGAAGGAACUGCAAUAGUUCCACGCCUUCAGUCGACAAAUGUGGUGCAACAUGUGUCAGCAUUACAUAAUACAGAGUUCUUGAAACAUUUACAACAGAAGUGGGUCACUUCCAUUGAAGCGCAACCCAUUGAUCAGAUCAAAGACUACUUCGGCACCGAGAUAGCCAUGUACUUUGCAUGGCUUGGCCAUCUGACAACUGCUCUUUGGUUUCCAUCACUUUUAGGAAUCGUUAUGUGGUUUUUGGGAGGGUUCAAGUACAAAAAUAAUCCCGGUGAUAAGCAGGAUUUGUAUCAGCUAAUCUCCGACAUUUGCUUUGUUCUCUUCGCUUUCUUCAACUGCAUCUGGUCCACAAUCUAUCUGGAAUGGUGGAAACGAGUUCAAGCGGAAUUGGCGUUCAAAUGGGGGACAUAUGACGCGACCCAAGAUUCAUACCUUCAGGAUCCGAGACCCGCGUUUCAGGGAGAUUAUUUGGCGCCGAAUCCAGUGUCCGGGAGAAUGGAACCGUUUUAUCCUGCUUGGAAGCAUAUUGUUGUGAGAUAUG